UAAACGGCGUGAAAAAGCCCAAGACCCGCUUUGGCAUUUCCUCGUGUCCGAGCCCCAAAUCAACUGCUUCUUCCAAGUUCGAAGGCUCGGAGUGACUCACUGAUUGACUGCCAUGGAAGCAAAUUCUUCUUCGUCUUUCAAGAUAAUUUUAGGUUCAGCUUCGGUAGCACGUCGGAAAAUAUUGGCUGAAAUGGGAUACGAAUUCACAGUCAUGACUGCAGACAUUGACGAGAAAUGCAUCAGAAAGGAAAAGCCAGAGGAGUUGGUUUUGGUUCUUGCCCAGGCAAAGGUUUGGUCUUCUUUUCCUUUCCUUAUUUUUUUAUCCAUUAAGAAUCUAAAACUGAAAAUUCUACUGAUGGAAACUUCUCAGGCAGAAGCUAAUUCACAAAGGCUCCCAGUUGGUGACUACAUAAAGGAUGACGAACCAACGCUAUUAAUUACUUCUGAUCAAGUGGUGGUCUAUGAAGGUGUGAUCAGGGAAAAACCAUCCAGCAAGGAAGAAGCACAGCAAUUUUUGAAAGACUAUUCUGGAGGACAUGCAGCAACGGUGGGAUCUGUGCAUGUUACAAAUCUUAAAACUGGAUUCAGUAAAGGAGAAUGGGAUCGAGUGGAGAUUUAUUUCCACGAAAUACCAGAUGAAAUCAUUGAGAAGCUGAUUGAGGAGGGGACGGUGCUCAAAGUUGCUGGGGGGCUCAUAAUAGAACAUCCUCUAAUUCUUCCCUUUGUUAAAGAAGUGGUAGGGACAACUGAUAGCGUGAUGGGACUUCCCAAAGAUCUCACUAGGAGGCUGCUAAAAGAGGCCAUCUAGCUGCAGUGGAGCUUCACGAUUUGGUUGUUCGACUUCUGAUCAGCUCCUGUUCGUAUCUAUUGUGAACUAUGGUUGUUUCUUUGAUUUUCAGUGAUGAGAUUAUUAAUUAUCUUUUCGGCUUUCCAAAGCCUAGGAUAGGACUAAUUAUAUAUUAUAAAGCAAAAUUGCAUCGUUACCCCAAA